GUGUCAUCUCCUCUCUGCUUCCCCUCCAACCGUCCUCCCCUUCCCUUGCUGUCUGUCUGGCGCGAUGAUCGUCGCGGUUUAAAAUUAGAAGACAGGUCGCGCCGACAGAGAGCACGACGACCCCUUACCGAAAGCCUCCCAAGACCUGCAAGACCACCAGCUUCCGGCUAUGCCAUCUCAGCCGCAGCCUGGCUCGACGGCUGCCUCCUCCGCCCACGCCCAUCGGUCCGUCCUCCAGAGCAUUGCAGCUGCCAUCCCCACCUCCGGCGCAUAUCCGCUGUUAUGUUUUCUGCCUCUGGGUCUGAUGGCGGACGCGUUCCGCUGGAACCCCGUCCUCAUUUUCAUCUAUAAUUUCCUUGCCAUCAUUCCUCUCUCCGCGGUGGUGUCGGACUGCUCGGAUAUGCUGUCCCACCAUCUGGGGGAGCUCAUGGGUGGAUUAAUCAAUGCCACCUUCGGCAACUGCGUGGAGCUGUCGACCGGGAUCCUGGCCCUCACGCGCGGGGAAGUCUACUUUGCACAGUCCGUCAUGAUCGGGAGCAUCCUUUCCGAUCUCCUCCUGAUCCUCGGUUGUUGUCUCAUCGCCGCCUCGUACAACACCUUCAUAUUACGGUUCAACAAGCCCGUCACCGGCGCUCUGGCUUCGCUGAUGGUGGUCACAUCGGUGGGGCUGAUUCUGCCCUCCGUUCUGUACUCAACCUUUCCCUUCGACCUGGGGGAACAGAUUAUCGCCUUCUCACGUGGCACAUCGGCCGUCCUUCUACUUCUGUAUGGCGGGUAUUUAUACUUCCAGCUGGGCACGCAUAGCCACCUCUUCCAAUCGCAAGGAGACAACGAGGAUGGUGGGAGUGACUCGCUGCGGGAACCCCAGCAUAGCUUGAAUCAGCUUAUCGUCACCCUCGUUCUGUCGUCCCUGGGUAUAGUGGUCUGCGCGAAGAAUAUUAUGGACAGCAUUCCUGCAACCGCUGCGACGCUGAACAUCUCCAAGACGUUCAUUGCCACCAUCCUCAUUCCCAUUAUCAGCAACAGUUGUGAAGGGGCCGCGGUUAUCACCGCGUGUACCGGUGGAGGAGAUGUGAAUUUUGCCAUCAGCGUUAUCGUCAGCAGCAUUCUGCAGAUUGGAUUAUUCGCCAUCCCGUUUCUCGUCAUGCUGGGCUGGGUUAUCGCCAAGCCAAUGACGCUCUAUUUCGAAACCUUUCAUACGGUCGUUCUCUUCUUCUCGGUGUUGCUGGUCAACUGUAUUCUGCAGGAUGGCAAAUACACCUAUAUCCACGGAAGCAUGCUCGUUGCCAUGUAUGCUAUACUGACGCUUGCUUUCUACGUCCGCUAAGCGGUAGCCGUGAGGCCUUUUCGGUUAUAAACAGAGCAUGGAUAGAUGUAACGCCUUCGAUUGUUCUUGCAUU